UCCCCACAAUCCUCAGCAGCAAGGACUGCGGGUCCCAUGAUGCUAUGCUGCUACGCUGGAUUCGGUCUGGGAAGCUUGCUGCGGGACUAACUCGCCGCCCGCAAAUGGGCGCCAGAAGGUUCUCCAAGACCCCGCUUUCUUAGGGCGGUAAAGGCGGGAAGAGAUGGGAAAAGGGCGAUGUGCUAGGGGGAUAAGCUCUGAGUCGUGUUAAGUGUGGCUCUGUGAAGAGGCCUAGCUUUGUAGAAGAAAAACCUCUCAAGUAGGUGCUUUGGUGACAGACCGGAAACUACAUUUCCCAGCAUCCUGAUGGUGAGAGGACUUCAUUGUCCGAAAGCCUCAGCGAAAAUCAACGCGUAUUCCGCUUCCCCUUGCUGACCUGCGGGGCUCCGAGACUAUGAGGAGCCGCUGGAUUUGGCGGUUCCUGCGCCCUGACGGCGGCGGAAUCCGCUGGACUUCAACUCCUCAUGGGCGUCUGUCACCCGCCCUGCGGAGAGAGGACCAAAUGGAUAUAUUUUGAAAUCACAUCAUAAGAACCACAGCCUUGAAGGUCCAGAGCAGAAGUGAACACCUUGCAAUCUUCUGCUACACAGAAGGCUGGAAUAGGAUCAUCUGAGCCCAGCAGUCUGAGAAACUUGAACAAGUCUUUGACCCCAAAACAUCAUUGUACAUUCAGUGCCAAACACAGUUCCUUCCAUUCAGCACGUAUCUUUAGACCAGCUAAAGCUGUUGGGCACUGGGACCUGAGCAGACCAAGAGCAGAAUGGCCCCCACUCUCAAGGUUUACUUUGGUUCUUGACCACCACAACUAAGUCAGAUUAUGAUAGAAGACCAGUGGAUAUAACUCCUCUAGAACAAAGAAAAUUAACUUUUGAUACCCAUGCGUUGGUGCAGGACUUGGAAACUCACGGAUUUGACAAAACACAAGCACAGACAAUUGUAUCAGUGCUAAGUACGCUAUCAAACGUCAGCCUGGAUACUAUCUACAAGGAGAUGGUGACUAAAGCUCAGCAGGAAAUAACAGUCCAACAGCUAAUGGCUCAUUUGGAUUCCAUCAGAAAAGACAUGGUCAUCCUAGAGAAAAGUGAAUUUGCAAAUCUGAGAGCAGAGAAUGAGAAAAUGAAAAUUGAACUAGAUCAAGUUAAGCAGCAGCUGACUAAUGAAACCAGUCGAAUCAGAGCGGACAAUAAGCUGGACAUUAACCUGGAAAGGAGCAGAGUGACAGACAUGUUCACAGAUCAAGAAAAGCAACUUAUAGAAGCAACCAAUGAAUUUGCCAAAAAGGAUACACAAACCAAAAGUAUUAUUUCAGAGACCAGUAAUAAAAUUGACACUGAAAUCGCUUCCUUAAAAACACUGAUGGAGUCGAGCAAACUUGAAACAAUUCGUUAUCUUGCAGCCUCAGUGUUCACUUGCUUGGCGAUAGCAUUGGGGUUUUAUAGGUUCUGGAAGGAGAACUGACGAUGAUGCUGCCGCUGCUGCUGCCGCCGCUGCUGCCGCUGCUGCUCACUCCAUAGAAUGUACUCACUACAAACUCUUCAAAGGGCUUGUGGACUAAAUGAAGUGUUUGGUAUUUUAUUCUUAUGUUGUAUGUCUUUAUGUUGAAAAGCUGUCACUCAAACCUGGCUUGAUAUAGAAGUCCUUAUCCUCUGAUAACUAUAGCAAUAAAAAGUUUUGCAUUUGAGCUUUGUAAAUGAAGUUGGAUUUUAUAUCAGAUUACAUUUUUGAAAACAAUUCUGUAGUCUAUACACUUACUGGAUUUUACUUUCUUGGUUAUUAUUGCAAUUAGAUUUUUAUAUAAAAUAAAAUACUAUAACAAAGUUGGUUGAUUUUUCAAAGUGACUUCCUAUGUAAGUGGCGAUUUUUUGUAGUGAAUAAUAAAUUUUAAAAUAAUGUGUA